AUGGCAAUCUACUACUCGCCUCCUGGUACCUCUCCCCGCCGCCUCCUCUUCGACCCGCAAACCUCCACCUGGCAGUACCUCGUCGCCGACCCCGCCUCCCACACAGCCGCCAUCAUCGACCCCGUCCUCGACUACAACCCGACCACCCGCACCGUCUCCACCACCACCGCCGACGCCCUGCUCUCCCUCAUCCACGACCGCGGCUACACCAUCUCCCACAUCCUCGAGACGCACGCCCACGCCGACCACCUCACCGCGGCUUUCUACCUGCAGCGCAGGCUGGCUGCGGUGACGCAGGAAACACGGCCGCCUGUGGGGAUUGGGCGGCGGAUCGGGCAGCUGCAGAGUUUGUUUGGGGAGCGGUAUGGGGUGGGGAGUGACGAGUAUAAUGGGGUGUUUGAUCUGUUGUGGGAGGAUGAUGCGGUGUUUUGGGUGGGGGGGUUGAGGGGGCAGGUGGUGCAUCUGCCGGGGCAUACGCCGGAUCAUGUGGGGUAUUGGAUUGGAGAUAAUGUGUUUUGUGGCGAUUCGUUGUUUCAUCCCUCGCUCGGGACUGCGCGGUGCGAUUUCCCUGGCGGGAACCCACAAGAUCUUUAUCAGUCGGCGAGAAAGCUGCUGGCACUCCAGGAUCAUGUCAAGAUUUGGAUUGGGCAUGACUAUCCAGUCGAUGGAGAGAGGGGACCCGAGCCCUGGACCACCGUUGGCGAGCACCGUGGGAGCAAUAAGCAUAUUAGGGAUGGUGUUACCGAGGAUGAGUUUGUGCAGAUGCGUAGUGAGAGGGAUAGGAACUUGGCGGCGCCGCGAUUGAUACAUGAGAGCUUGCAAGUCAAUAUCCGUGCCGGGCAGCUCCCCAGGGUUGACGCGGCGGGUAUGAGGACCUUGAAGGUGCCGCUAAAGGUUCAGGGGGAAGGGUGGUAGACGGCCGGGGUUAGAAUUAGCGGUAUGGAAUGUAUGAGCAAGAGGUUCAAAUACUUAUCGAGGUAACGAGCUGUUAGGAAGUCUCCAUACCUCGGGCACUUUCCACCAAAACCGCUUUCCGACACCCCUUACAUAUCACUCGGGUUAUGUACCUAUCAAGGGUACUUUGAACAUGUGUAAACGGGGUAGAAUGGGGAAAACGUUCAAUUGCCACAGAUCCUUGGUACGACAUUAUGGCAGACAAUAUUCUAAUCCAAAUAUAUGUGUAACUAUCUAGCACG